CACUCGGCUGUUUCCGUCACAAGUAGUGGCGAAUUGUGUGGAACAUUUGUGUCAUAUAGAGAAGUCACACUUCGUUAUAUAAAGGUUAAAGUGCCUAAGUUCUCUUAUUUCAGACGUAAUUGCUUCGUUGUUUCUUAACCAUAAUUCUUCUGUUAGUCUAUUGUGUUGUUUAUUGCUUAGGUUCUAAGUUGGCACAAUGUUCGGGACAGUAACGAUCGCCCUUUUCUCAAUACUCUUCACAAUCUGGAUCCUAAGAAGGAGGAAGCAUUUCAGCAGUUUUUUGAAGCUGGGAAUUCCAGGACCGAAACCUAAUUUGUUGUUUGGUAACAUGUGGGAAAUGUACUGGAAGGGUCCCCUUCCUUGUCUUCAAGAUUGGAUAGACCAGUAUGGAAAUGUUUUUAUUUACUUUUUUGGAUUGAGACCAGUUUUGGUGGUGAUGGAUCUCGACUUACUAAAACAAAUUCAGAUUAAGGAUUUCAUGGAUUUCGUAGAUCGGCCAGGUCUUUUCGAAUUAGAUCCACCAAGGGAACCCGGAGAACCUAUUAACCUCAUCCUAAUUUUCCUGCGUGGAACUCAUUGGAAGAGAGUUAGAGGUGUACUAACUCCCUCCUUUACUACCUUGAAACUAAAAACAAUGGCACAAACUAUGGAUGAAACCAUUGAUGACUUCAUCAGAAAUGUCGACGAAUAUUCUAGAAAAGAAAAUUGUCUAGAUGUAUAUAAGCUAUUCCAGGCUAUGAGUAUGGAUGUAAUUAUUAAGUGUGCUUUAGGAGUUGACGCGCAUGUUCAAAAAAAUCCGAUGGAGCACGAGUUACUCAAUCAUGCCGAUGUAAUUUUAUCUACUUCAAUUCAGUCCUUGCCUUUCCUCAUUCACAUGUCGUUUCCGGCUUUUGGUUGGCUCAUGAAGAUUAUCAGAACUCUUGAGUUUAAAUUCCAGAACAAGGGAUCUGAUCCAAUACUCGAUCUUGUGGAAGUUUGUCGGCAAGUUAUGAAAUCCCGAGCAGCUGAUCCUGGGGUAUGUUCAAAUAUAUACUUUAGUACAAACUUCGUAACUCCUACAUAUACAAACAAAACAUUAAAAACCAGUUUUGAUAUAGUUGCUUAUUAUGCAACAACUAGUUCUGCUCUUGGUUACACCACACAUCUACUGGUGCAACAUCCUGAAGUGCAGGAAAAAAUCAGACAAGAGGUAGACGAGCUUGUUGAAAAUGAAGGAGAAAACUUGGACUACGUGUCUGUUCAUAAACUGCGUUACCUGGAUCAGGUUUUCAGCGAAAGUCUUCGGGUUUAUCCACCAGUUUACCUGUUUGUUAAUCGAGAGGCAAAUACAGAUAUAACAUAUGGUUCCAUCCAAAUUCCGAAGGGAAUGGCUGUACAGGUUCCUGUUUACCACCUUCAUCACAACCCAACUAUCUGGUCAGACCCUGAAAAGUUUGAUCCAGAAAGAUUUUCUCCAGAUAAUCACAACCGCAGUCCACUUGCUUGGCAGCCAUUUGGAUAUGGACCUAGAAACUGUAUUGGGAUGAGAUUUGCUCAGUUGGAAGCCAAGAUGGCCUUAGCUAGAAUGGUUCAGAAGUACUUCUUGAGGCCUUGUGAGAAAACUGAAAAGAAACUGACCAUCAGAACAGGUUCAGCAAUUAUCAACCCUGCAAAUGGAAUUUUUGUAAAAUUUGUCCGAAGAAAUUCUCUGAAAUGACGCAUCAGAACACCAAGAUAUCCUUUCUGAACCCACACUAUAAUUGAAUGUUUAAUAAUUAAUAUAAAAAUAUUUUGAAGAGGAUAAUUUUAGUCUAUGUGUGUAUAUCUCAUUUUUUUUCUUCAAAAUACACUGUGUAUUCAAAUAUUCAAUAGUCAAAUAAAUGCUAAAAUACGACUUGUAUCAAAUUGCUGAGUUGACUUUCGUUUGUAUUUAAAAAAUUCUCUACGCCCAUAUUUAUAAAACCACAUGAAUUGGAAAAAUAGAAUUUGAAUAGUAUUUCAUUGCACAUCAUAAAAUUAUAAAUUAAAGUUAGCUUGGAUAAAAAAAACAACACAAAUUCUUUAUUAAACAAACACAUUGUUCUGUUACCCUUUUCGCCAGACUUCUUCUGUUUAUGUGGCUGUUGCAGUUUAAAAAAAGAUCUGGCAAAAGAGAUCAUUCAAGACCUACAGAAUUGUGAUAAAACACCCACCUUUCAUGUACCAAAAAUUGAAUAUGAAACCCAAUCCAACAUUCAAUUUACCACUUGUCACUGAGUUAACAGUUAACAUGGGCAAGGGUAAAUCGAAAAAAUAAGACUAGAUCUCAUAUAGUGGUGAAGUUUAUAUAAUAUCUACCAGCGUAUAGCCCGUCAAAAAUGACGGAGCAAGUACUACCACCCCCAACCCAUAGGAUACCCUAACUUCACAUUUCAUAGCGAACAGGUGUUAACGUACUUUUCGGAAAACUGUAUUCAAGACUCCCUUUAUUUGCUACAACCAUA